AUGCACUCUCCCAAGAAAACAGAAAACCUUUCUAGCAAUACACACCAAACUGAGCAUGUGCAGAGUGUCUCCACACGAUAUGUCUUAUCGGGAGAUAAGGGGGGACACUGGAAGAAGGGGAGGGUCAGAGAGGACAGGAUCAAACAGCAUUUUUACACAAUGCAGAGGAAUACCUCUUAGGCUCCACAGUGAAUAUAACAAGCAUGCUUUACUGCCAGGGGCGGACUGACAACUCAUGCGGCCCCGGGCAAUAGGGAUCAUGGGGCCCUUGUGUCCUUGCCCAAACUCAAAAAAGCCUA